CCUCCCCCUGCCCGCCGCAGCUCCCCGGCCAGAGGUGCGGCGCUCAGCCCCGCGGCCCCCAGCCAGAGUCUCGACUUGGAGCGGUCAAGCGGGAGGGGGGCCGGGGCCGCCUGCGCCGUCGUCGCCGCCCCACGCGCCCUGCACCCCACUCCUCCCGCGGCCGCUGCGAAGCUCAGCCCGCCCGCCUGCCCCGGCGCUGUCGCAGGGUAGCGGGGAAGCAAGCGGCGGGCAAGUUCAGGCGCGCGCAGGCGGCGGGCCGCGGGCACCGUGCGCCCCGGGCUGGGCGCCCCGCGCGCACUUCGGCGAUGGCUUCGCUGCCGGGGCGGCUGAGCCUUCGCCCUCGCUGCCUCCUGCCGCUUCUUCCCGGACUCCUGCUACCUCUCUGCGGCGCCUUCAACCUAGACGUGGACAGCCCUACCGAGUACUCUGGCCCCGAGGGAAGUUACUUCGGCUUCGCGGUGGAUUUUUUCGUGCCCAGCGCGUCUUCGAGGAUGUUUCUUCUGGUGGGAGCUCCCAAAGCAAACACUACUCAGCCUGGGAUUGUAGAAGGAGGGCAAGUCCUCAAAUGUGACUGGUCUUCCAACCGCCGGUGCCAGCCGAUUGAAUUUGAUGCAACAGGCAAUAGAAAUUAUGCCAAGGAUGACCCAUUGGAGUUUAAGUCACACCAGUGGUUUGGGGCAUCUGUCAGGUCAAAACAGGACAAAAUUUUGGCCUGUGCCCCUCUGUACCACUGGAGGACUGAGGUGAAGCAAGAGAGAGAGCCUGUGGGGACCUGCUUUCUUCAAGAUGGAGCAAAGACUGUUGAGUAUGCGCCAUGCAGAUCAAAAAAUAUUGAUGCUGAUGGACAGGGAUUUUGUCAAGGAGGAUUCAGCAUUGAUUUUACUAAAGCUGACAGAGUACUUCUUGGUGGUCCUGGUAGCUUUUAUUGGCAAGGUCAGCUCAUUUCAGAUCAAGUGGCAGAAAUUGUGUCUAAAUAUGACCCCAAUGUUUACAGCAUCAAGUAUAAUAACCAAUUAGCAACUCGGACUGCACAAGCCAUUUUUGAUGACAGUUAUUUGGGCUAUUCCGUAGCUGUUGGAGAUUUCAAUGGUGACGGCAUAGAUGACUUUGUUUCAGGAGUUCCAAGAGCAGCAAGGACUUUGGGAAUGGUUUAUAUUUAUGAUGGGAAAAACAUGUCCUCCUUACACAAUUUUACUGGUGAGCAGAUGGCUGCAUAUUUUGGAUUUUCUGUAGCUGCCACUGACAUUAAUGGAGAUGAUUAUGCAGACGUGUUUAUUGGAGCACCUCUCUUCAUGGAUCGAGGCUCCGAUGGCAAACUCCAAGAGGUGGGACAGGUCUCCGUGUGUCUGCAGAGAGCCUCCGGAGACUUCCAGGUUACGAAGCUGAAUGGGUUUGAGAUCUUUGCACGGUUUGGCAGUGCCAUAGCUCCACUGGGAGAUUUGGACCAGGACGGCUUCAAUGAUAUUGCAAUUGCUGCUCCCUAUGGGGGUGAAGAUAAGAAAGGAGUUGUGUAUAUCUUCAAUGGAAGGGCAGCAGGCUUGAAUGCAGUACCGUCUCAAGUCCUUGAAGGCCAGUGGGCUGCUCGGAGUAUGCCACCAAGCUUUGGCUAUUCAAUGAAAGGAGCCACAGAUAUAGACAAAAAUGGAUAUCCAGACUUAAUCGUAGGAGCUUUUGGUGUAGAUCGAGCUGUUUUAUACAGGGCCAGACCAGUUAUCACAGUAAAUGCUGGACUUGAAGUGUUCCCUAGUAUUUUAAAUCAAGACAAUAAGACCUGCUCGCUGCCUGGAACAGCUCUCAAAGUUUCCUGUUUUAAUGUCAAAUUCUGCUUAAAAGCAGAUGGCAAAGGAGCACUUCCCAGGAAACUUAACUUCCAGGUGGAGCUUCUUUUGGAUAAACUCAAGCAAAAGGGAGCAAUUCGCCGAGCACUAUUUCUCCAUAACAGGUCCCCAGGUCACUCCAAGAACAUGACUAUUUUCAGGGGGGGACAGAUGCAAUGUGAGGAACUGAUAGCUUAUCUACGGGAUGAAUCUGAAUUUAGAGACAAACUCACUCCAAUUACUAUUUUUAUGGAGUAUCGAUUGGAUUAUAGGACAGCUGCUGAUGCAACAGGCUUGCAACCUAUUCUUAACCAGUUCACCCCUGCCAACAUUAGCCGACAGGCACAUAUUCUACUUGACUGUGGUGAAGACAAUGUGUGCAAACCCAAAUUGAAAGUUUCUGUAGAUAGUGAUCAAAAGAAGAUCUAUAUUGGGGAUGACAACCCUCUGACAUUGGUCGUUCAGGCUGAGAAUCAAGGGGAAGGUGCAUAUGAGGCUGAGCUCAUCAUUUCCAUCCCACCGCAGGCUGACUUCAUUGGGGUUGUCCGAAACAGUGAAGCCUUGGCAAGACUUUCCUGUGCAUUUAAGACAGAAAACCAAACCCGCCAGGUGGUUUGUGAUCUUGGUAAUCCAAUGAAGGCUGGAACCCAACUCGUAGCUGGUCUUCGUUUCAGUGUGCACCAGCAAUCAGAGAUGGAUACUUCUGUGAAAUUUGAUUUACAAAUUCAAAGCUCCAACCUUUUUGACAAAGUAAGCCCAGUAGUAUCCUACAAAGUUGAUCUUGCUGUUUUAGCUGCUGUUGAGAUAAGAGGAGUCUCAAGUCCUGAUCAUAUCUUUCUUCCAAUUCCAAAUUGGGAAUACAAAGAGAAUCCUGAGACUGAAGAAGACGUUGGUCCAGUUGUUCAGCACAUCUAUGAGCUGAGAAACAAUGGUCCAAGUUCAUUCAGCAAGGCAAUGCUGAACCUUCAGUGGCCUUAUAAAUAUAACAACAACACUUUGUUGUACAUUCUUCAUUAUGACAUUGAUGGGCCAAUGAACUGUACUUCAGAUAUGGAGAUCAAUCCUUUGAGAAUUAAGGUCUCAUCUUUGCAAACAACUGAAAAGAAUGACUCAGUUGCUGGGCAAGGUGACCGGAGCCACGUCGUCAUGAAGCGGGAUCUCACCCUUGGUGAAGGGGAUGUUCACACUUUGGGUUGUGGCAUUGCUCAGUGCUUGAGGAUUGUCUGCCAAGUAGGGCGACUAGACAGAGGCAAAAGUGCAAUCCUGUAUGUCAAGUCUCUACUGUGGACUGAGACCUUUAUGAAUAAGGAAAACCAGAAUCAUUCAUACUCUCUGAAGUCAUCUGCUUCAUUUAAUGUCAUAGAGUUUCCAUAUAAGAAUCUUCCAAUUGAGGAUAUCUUCAAUUCUACAUUGGUUACCACUAACGUCACCUGGGGCAUUCAGCCAGCGCCCAUGCCUGUGCCUGUGUGGGUGAUCAUUUUAGCAGUUCUGGCAGGACUGUUGUUACUGGCUGUUUUGGUGUUUGUCAUGUACAGGAUGGGCUUUUUUAAGCGAGUCCGGCCACCUCAAGAAGAGCAAGAAAGAGAACAGCUUCAACCUCAUGAAAAUGGUGAAGGAAACUCAGAAACUUAGCUGCAGUUUUCCAAGUUAUGCUUCAUCUUAACCAUCAGAACAUCAGCUUCAUUAUAAAUUUAAAUCUUUGUCAUCAAGAACGAAAUUCCAAAACUUUCCUGCUAAUGGUCCCCCAUGGUCUUACCCAUGACAUGAGAGCAAUACAAGUAUUUAUCAUCCUUCUCUUUAUAAAUCAGUUCAGACAUACAUUUAACACAAUGCACACUGACUUGUGUUUUUAGUUAUUUAAAUAAUAAAAUUUCAAGUGGUAGAGUUUUUAUUCAAUGUACAGAAAAUAGUAGUGCCUGAGUUAUACUUUAUAUAAAAUAGUACCUCCUACAAUCACUGUUUCUGAUUUAUAUGUGGAAUUUUCUUGUUUGUUGUUAUUUUAAAGCAAUGCAAAUUUGGACUUUAGCAUCCACAUCUUUUGUAUAGGUACUUAAUGUUAAUAUACAUGACACUACAAUUCACUUUUCAAGCUACUAAAAACUUUAUAACUGAAUGAACUUGGAUAUUAAUAUCACCUAUAUAGUGGACUUUAAAAAAAAAAAAAAAACUCAUGUUAACAAUUUUUUAUCCUGUGACUACAAAGGUACAAUAUUUUGUUUUAAUAUGAAAAUUAGAUACAUGCUAUUAAUUUUUAUUUAUAUUUAAUCCACAAUCUAUUUUAUUGCAUUUUUGCUUGUACAGUUUAUUUUCUAUGGCAAAUCCUUUAAGCCAGCCUAUACUGAAAUUAGUUCUGUAGUCAGAAAUGCCUCUUUUCUGUAAUGGUUUAAUUUCACCUAAACAUCAUGAUGCUUAAAAUCGUGUGGAGUUAUAGUUCAUUUCCAAAGUACACUUAGUCCAUUGCUUUAGUCUAACAACAUUACAAAGCAGAAAGCAUUUUGGUUAAAAGCCUUAACAUUUGUACUUCUUUGACAUAAUUGCUUGUUAUUAUGUUUUUAGAUUAGAGCAGAAUUUUUCAUUGGUAUUAAUUUAUUUUCCUUUCAUAUGUGUGUUUUUUCUUCUAUUUCCAAAAUUGAUACUGAAAACAGGUCAAGACCAAUGAGGAAUCUUACAAGUUACAAGAACCUCAAUUUCCCAAUUCUACUCCAUGAGAAUGCUUGGAAUCAAAAUGCAUAAGUUAGCUUAAUGGUUUAAUUCUAAACACAGCUUUUUUGCUACCUACAUGGAAAUUACCUUAGGAUAAGCAAGAUAAUGUGUAAAACGAGUCUCAGCUAUCAGAAUAACUUCUUUUUUUUUUUUUUUUUUUAUUUUAUUUUUUUAUUUUUUUGACAGGCAGAGUGGACAGUGAGAGAGAGAGACAGAGAGAAAGGUCUUCCUUUUGCCGUUGGUUCACCCUCCAUGGCCGCCGCGGCCGGCGCACUGCGGCCGGCGCACCGCGCUGAUCCGAUGGCAGGAGCCAGGAGUCAGGUGCUUUUCCUGGUCUCCCAUGGGGUGCAGGGCCCAAGCACCUGGGCCAUCCUCCACUGCACUCCCUGGCCACAGCAGAGGGCUGGCCUGGAAGAGGGGCAACCGGGACAGAAUCCAGCGCCCCGACCGGGACUAGAACCCGGUGUGCUGGCGCCGCUAGGCGGAGGAUUAGCCUAGUGAGCCGCGGCGCUGGCCAGAAUAACUUCUAAAAGAUAUUUUUAUAAGCAGUUCAACUUAUUGAAACCUUUGAAGAAUUUUUUUAGAUUUGUUAAUGCAAAUCACUUUUCUAAGAUUUUUUAAUAAAAGCCACAUAGUGAUAAUUUUAUAGUUUUAUAUGCCUGUAGGGUAGUGACUCUUCUAAUGGAAUAUAUCAUUUAUUCACAGUUCCUCAGUGCCCGAGGAUGACUAUCAACUGUACCCAUUUUUGUGCAAUUACAUCAUGGUGUACAUUAGAAAUUGAGGGAUUAAUAGCUUUUUAACUGCUUUCCUCUUCAGGAAAUAGUAUUACCCUUAAGUAAUUUACUAUUUUUAUGUGUUUUAAAAAUAAUUGAGAUUUAUUUGCCAUAUCUUAUUAUAUAGUAAUUCCAUGUACAAGUGGCUGAGUUAAUCUUCAAAAAUCAUGUUCAUAAAGUAGAAGCACAUUUAAGUGAGUUAUACAAGUUAGAACAUAGACAAAUCCCUAUAUUUAGCUUUAGUGCAUUUUAAAAUUAAUAGUUUUUGGAAUAUAGACUUAAAAGAUCUUAAUCAUAUGUAAUAAGUAUUUUGAUUACCAAGCAAUUUAAAUCUUUUUAAUAAGAAAAUAUUUUUAUCCCAGGGUCAAGUGUUGCCUGUCACCAGUCACUAAGUUGGUCUAUAACAACUUUUUACUUGUAUGCUUUCUCAUUUAACAGCUGCCAUUCCUGAAAAUGUAUGUUAGGUAGACACUCUUUGACACAAGUGUUAGUAUUUGCUUUUGCACAAUCAUUCUAUUAUAGCCUCUAGUUCAGAUUGAAAGCUACUGUAAUUAGAAAUUAACAUAAUAUUUUAAAUUAUAAAGUUUAAUUUCAAAUAACAGCAUACAUUCUCUUUCAAAGAAAUGAAAAUCCAUAUCAAUACAAAAAUAUGGAGAAGUAUAGUUUGAAAAAACAUUCCUUGAAUAAAAUGUUGGGAUUCUUUUUAUCCUAAAGUAGCAUGUGAGUGCAUCUGAUUACAUAUUUUAAAAUAGUCCUAUGAAAAUUAUUUUAAUCUUCAAACAUUUUAAAUACUACUAUAUUUGUAAUUUGUUGAAUCAAAAUCCAUUUUAAGUUUCAGAUUCUCAUAAUGUGACACAGUUUAAAUGAGAAAUCUAGAGAACGUUAAAAGCAUUUGACAUUGGUGAGAAAUAUUGAUACUAAUAUUGAUUUCUUAUAUUGGUAUUUGUUUUAGAAUUGCUGUUUGAGAAAUAUUUGUGUGAGGAUCCCUUUUUCCCUUUCUUUCAAUUAGCUUUCUCAUGAUUAUUUAUCAUUUUAACUUUGAUCAAGAUCUUAACAAUUCUGAAAGGUAAAACAAUUAGCCAAAAUACUGCCACAAUUCUGUUUGGAACUACUAAUUCAUAGCUAAUUAUCAUUAACACAAUAUGUAUGUUUAUGGGAAUAAUUAAAGAAUUAGUAAGAGACUUAUAGGGUCCUUUAAGGAGGCUGUGAAGGAUUUUUGAUAGUGAAUCAUGACUCUAAGGGAGAGAUUUUUGUGGCAAAUAAAGAAUAUAAUAGAUCAGAUGAUUUUUAUUACGCAAACAGAUUUUUUUUUUCUUUUGACAGGCAGAGUGGACAGUGAGAGAGAGAGACAGAGAGAAAGGUCUUCCUUUGCCGUUGGUUCACCCUCCAAUGGCCGCCGCGGCUAGCGCGCUGCGGCCGGCGCACCGCGCUGAUCCGAUGGCAGGAGCCAGGAGUCAGGUGCUUUUCCUGGUCUCCCAUGGGGUGCAGGGCCCAAGCACCUGGGCCAUCCUCCACUGCACUCCCUGGCCACAGCAGAGCGCAGAGGGCUGGCCUGGAAGAGGGGCAACCGGGACAGAAUCCGGCGCCCCGACCGGGACUAGAACCCAGUGUGCUGGCGCCGCUAGGCGGAGGAUUAGCCUAGUGAGCCGCGGUGCCGGCCCUACGCAAACAGAUUUUGCAAGUGAUAGGUACUCCUAAAUUUCAGAAUGUAGUGAUGAACCUGGUGGAGAAGAAUAAGCUGUUUUUAUAAAAACUUGUGUGUAGCCAUUGCAAAUCUCAGUGUCACCCUCUUGGUACCUUUGGAUAGCUUGUAUAUUUACAAGUAUAAUUUAAAAAAUACAAAAUUUUAAAAUUGAUUAAAGGUUCUAAAAAGGCUAGUAAAUUAUUCCUCCAUAUUUUGGAGCGUAUCUCUUUUAACUUGUUAGUUGGCUAAUAUGAACAAUGAACUUUUAAUGUACAACAUGUAUUAUGUGCUUAUAUUUCAUUGUAAUUUCAAAUACAUAAUGAACUACUUAAGGAGAGGUACUCAAAUUUUGAUUUUUGUCGUCAUUGUUCUCAAGUGCAAUAUAACAAUGUAACCAAACCUAGAUAAUUUCAAAGUUCUCAUUAGUAAGCCUAAUCUAAACAAAAAUGUAUUAGUAUUUUUUAGGCUGUGGAUAUACAGAUGGAAUUAUUUCCCCUAAAUGGUCCAUUUUAUUUCAAGAUGGACAUGAAUUAUUCCUUGCCAGUCUUGAAACAACUUUGAAAUAUCUUAAGAUAACCUGGAAGCUGUGUAUAUCAAGUUCAUUUGCUGCCUAAGUAACAUAGAAAAUAGUUGUCUUUAUUUAGCUUCUCUUGUGAUCACCCACAUUGGGUGAAACAUAAAAUGAGUCUGUUUUAAAAUCUGUCAUUUGCUAACUUGAAUUGAGUUAGUGAAAACUGGUACAGUGUUCUAGUUUCCAGUGUGUAACUUGUGACUGUAUAAUAAACUUGAGCAUAUGGUGCCA